CGCAUAGGCCGGUCGCCAUGGAAACCAAGAGGACGCGAGAGGAAACGAAUUUUUGAAACAUCGCUGGUGUUCCUGUUUAAGUAAAUGUUGCAGAGCUGGGAGAGACGCGCUGAAGGUCUCAGCAACGCUGAGCACAUGAGAGAGCUGAGACACAGGAAUGAUGUGCAGUAUCAGGAGCAACUGCGCAAAAGAGAGCGAGAGAGGGAAGACGCCGAGAUGAGGAGACAGACGCAGAGAAUGAUCACGCCUCCUCUUACACCCCCCAAGUUUAAAACACGCUCCUAUGACAGACCGUGGGCUUCAUCCAAACCAGCUUCUGUAAAGACUUCACCUACUUCUGUCAAGCACAGUCGACCAGAUGCACGACACUGUCCUAAAAGAAGCUCAGUGGAACGCCUGCCAGAUCUUGUCAGUGGAGCACGAAGCCGCCCUGCAGAGCUGAAGGCCUCAAAGACCUCACACAGAGCUCCAAACAACCCUUCAGUCCGAUGUAAGGAACAAUCUUCUCAAUGCCGUCAGUCUACAUCAGCCACCACAAAGACAAACCUUUGCACGAUGUCACCAAAACAUUCACCAAGCACUACAAGAAGAACCCAAAAUAGAAGAAAGAAUGUCUUAAAAUCAAAGCUUCACAUGCCAGCAACUUACGCCCCUCAGGAAAUCCCUCAGCAUGACGAACAGAGCACCAUGGACAUUCAAAGAGUAGGUUUCCUUCCACGGGGAUUGACCGCUCCAGAUCAGAACCAUGUUAACUGGACCCAUUUCCCCAGCCUGUGGAACUAUUCUCGAAGCCCAGAGAGUGAGCCAACCCCAGAACUCCAUAACCCCUUCCAGAGCCUCUUGGACAUCAGCAGCAUCACUGAAGACAGCCUGACCACAGAAAGCUCAGACAGCAGCUCAGCUGACUCUUCUAUCCAGGAGCUGUGGUCUUCUACCAGUAGCGACUCAGACUCCAGCAGUCCCAACACUGGAAGUACCAAUGUAGGACCCAUCAGUGGACACCUCCUGUUGGACCUAACCUCAGAAUCGGACGAGGGCGAAGACGAGGGGCGUUUUAAUUCUUGGCAUGACCUGAGGUCAUUAUCUAGUCCACCAACUUUACAACAGAUGUCCUCUCUUCCUCCACAAGGUUCUCCACGUUCUUCACGUUACGAGUCCACUCGCCAAGGAUAUGGAGCACACAGACACACACUGGAGCUGCAAGGUAGCCGUGGGAGCCCUUUUAACAGACAAGAUAGCUUCAGUGAUUACUCUGACUAUCGUCUACCAGCCCUGGCUGUAAGCCCUGGGAGAUCUCCUCCAGCUGUGUUAGAUGAAGUGGGGAGGACGGCGAUAACCUUACCAGGUGCAACUACCAGUGGACGUGAGGAUGAAGAGGAGGGUGCUGCUGGAGGAAUAACCCCUCCAGAAGGUCAGUCAACUUCAGCAGAAGCAAACCAGUCAAGAACAACUAGUUUGAUGGAUCACUUGAACUUGGCCCUGAUGGCACUACAUGACCUUCACCUAGAAGUAACACACAGUCACAGGGAUGGGUCGCACAAUGCAGGCUGCUCUAGCAAUCCUGAAAGCAAACGGUCAAGUAAUCCUGAAACUCUGCGCAGGAUAACAGAAAGACUAUUAGAGGAAGAGUCUGAUGAAGAGGAUGAGGAUGUGUGUCGCAUUUGCCAGUGUAAGGGAACGUCCCCCACCAACCCCCUCCUCUCCCCCUGCCAGUGUUCUGGCAGUCUGCAGUACAUCCACCAUGACUGCCUGAAGCGCUGGAUCCAGACCAAAAUAAAGUCAGGUGCUGAGCUCUCAGUGGUGAAGACCUGUGAGCUUUGUAAAGGGAGUCUGACUCUGGAUUUGGAUGAUUUUGAUGUAGAGGAGUAUUACAGCCAACACAGAUCCACUCAGCUCAGGCAGGACACUCCUCAGCUGCUUCUGUUGUUGCUGCUGCAGCAAAGAUUCUCAGAGCUGUUGCAGCUGACUCAGACAGGCAGGACCACCAUAUCCAGGUCUUUGGAGUCGAGGGCUCGACCUCCAGCUCACAGAGCACAAGUCAGGCGGUGAGGCCAGAGGCCAGUAACCCUGAAAACAGGACUGACCACUGACCAAAAUCCUCUAGAAACUGUCUAAGGAUCCACCUGACCACUGACAGCAGCUCCUCCUGAUUCAUUCAUGUAAUAAAAUUAUUUUUUAAAAAAAGAAGAUACAAACUUAGAUAAAGAAUUAUAGAAUUUACUAGAUGAAAGAAACAAUUAUUUUAAUUGAACUGGUAUUUAUUCUGAAUAGCUUUGUCAUGGAUCUGUAUUGUAUGUGAUGUCAAUGUAAGCUCUCAAUCUUCUCGUACUCAGUGUGGAAACUCCAAAUAAAAUUAAACUGAAAUCAA